GUCUGCUGGGUGGGGCGUUAUACGUUCCUCUAUUAAUUGCGCAAUGAGAUCCCCAUCUCCUUUCUCUAAUAUCUCUGGCUUAGCUAGCUAACUUUGUAAAGAGUGUGUGACAUCAUCAAGGAUUGGUUUCCAUUCCAUUUUAAUAAAACUAGAUAGUUAAUUUGUUACGGAAAAAACAGGACUCGUUUAAAAAAGUCUGUUCGUUUGGGAAUAUGCCGAAGAAUAAAGGUAAGGGUGGAAAGAAUCGGCGACGUGGUAAGAACGAGAAUGAAUCAGAAAAGAGAGAACUGGUAUUUAAAGAGGAUGGCCAAGAAUAUGCGCAGGUGAUAAAGAUGUUGGGUAAUGGACGACUGGAAGCUAUGUGUUUUGAUGGAGUCAAGCGACUAUGCCACAUCCGAGGAAAGCUACGGAAAAAGGUUUGGAUCAAUACUUCAGACAUCAUCCUUGUGGGACUUCGAGAUUACCAGGACCAAAAAGCCGAUGUUAUCCUUAAGUACAAUGCAGACGAGGCCAGGAGUUUGAAGGCCUAUGGGGAGCUUCCUGAACACGCUAAAAUCAAUGAGACUGACACAUUUGGACCUGGCGACGAUGAGGAUAUUCAGUUUGAUGACAUUGGCGAUGACGACGAGGACAUUGAUGAUAUCUGAAUCAGAACUAUUGUGUGCCAAGUCGUUUACGCAGAGGAAAGUGGACAUUUCUAUACUGGCAGAGGCAGUGCAACCUUGCCAACAACUCCCUGCUUCAAGUCAGUUGAGGCAGCUCAUUUCCCUUCUCUUGAGACUGCUUUAAGCCUGGAAUCUGUCACUGAGAACAUCACCACACCUACUUUAGUUCACACACUUCAUAUUUUUGUUUGUUGUAAUGUAUUUUUAUUCCAUCAUGUGGAAUAUACCCUCAAAUUACAGAACACCAGAGUUUACAAUAAAAACUUGAAUCAUUUUA